UCAAAACCCACUGUACAGUAGUUACUCAGACUUGUGCCAUCAGCUUUCACGAGGCUUUACGCAGUCUGGAGUGAGAACUGGCAAAGUGAUGAAGCUACUGACGGUGCGCGUGAGCUCCAGGUGGACGCUGCUGCUGCUGAGCGCGUGUUUGACACUGACGGCGCGCGCGGACUGUGGCGCGGACUGCGCGCUUUGCUCGUCGCAACUGCCAGCAAAAUACAUCAACUCCAUCGAGUGCGUGUUGGAGUGCGAGGGGCAUCUGAACGCAGGCAGCUGGAGUUUGUGCAAACGCUUCAUGCAGAAUGCUGAUAGCACACCUGAGAGCAAUCAAGCAUCGGCAGAAACACAAGACCUGGACACCCACCAAGUAGACAAGAAGUACGGAGGCUUCAUGAAGCGUUACGGUGGUUUUAUGAAGCGCUACGGAGGGUUCAUGAAGCGUUAUGGAGGGUUCAUGAAGAGGACUGCUGAGCUCUAUGGGUUGGAGCCAGAAGAUGACCAGGGCCCGACCAAUCAAAUCGAGGCCAGUGACGAGAGGGAGGUGCCUCUGGGAGACGAUUCAGAGGGAGGAGCGGAUGCCGUUAGGGGUAUGGCAAAACGUUACGGGGGCUUUAUGAAAAGGGGAAGUCUUUAUGAACUGGGGAGCGAGGUUAGGCCACUUCAGAAACGUUACGGGGGUUUCAUGAGGCGGGUGGGUCGACCCGAGUGGUGGCAGGAGACCAAACGCUAUGGAGGUUUCUUUAAACGCUCCCCUGAGGAAGACGAGGAUGAAGAUUCAUUAGAAGUAGAGAAGAGAUAUGGAGGCUUCAUGGAAUAUUGAGCCGGUCUUUCGUCCAUUUUCCAUCUAGCCCCUAGUUUCGACCUGUAAGCCAACAGAGACACACAAAAAAAAAACACGGCUAUAAAGUGCUUAUAAUGUGUUAACGGUGUUGAAUAUGUCUAACAGUGGUAAUGUGAUUAAGUGUGACUUCCUUAAAGACCAAGAAAAUCCUGUCUUUACAUUAACAUCUGAAUUCACAUUUACAUGUAUGAGCAGAUUUUAAUAAACCCACAUUUGAAUGAAUUAUA